AUUUAAUCAGUUAAUAGUACCUAGUUACCUACGUAUUUUGUUUGACAGAUAUUCAAUAUAAUAAAAAAAGAAAUAAAGAAUACAUUUAAAAAAUAUAUUUUAGACAAGUAAAUAUUAAUAACAAAGUCUCGUUGAGUAAUUACAUUGUAUCGCAUCUGUUCGAAAGCAUUCACAAUGUUACGCAGUCCCAGUCGUUUGGCUGCGAAUUUAAUCCGAAAAGUACAAGCUGCUUCGUUUUCCAGCAACACUAAUGAUGUCGAUACUACUUACAUGGAGAUUCCAGUUUAUGAUGUAGAGAAACCACAACCAUUAGAUGUAAGGAAGGCCAGGCUCCACUACCAAUCACGUAAGAGAGGCAUGUUGGAAAAUGAUUUGCUGCUGAGUACUUUUGCCAAAAAAUAUUUGGAUAGUUUCAAUGAAAACCAAACCAUGAUGUACGAUCGGCUGAUCAACUCUCCGAGCAACGACUGGGAUAUCUUCCACUGGAUCGUAGAGAAGAAGCCGACUCCCAAGGAGUUUGACAAUGAAGUCAUGGACAUGUUAAAGAAGCAUGCCAAGAAUGAGGAGCGUUCUGCCCUCACACAACCACCUCUUUAUUAAUUAGAUUGUUCUCACUCUUCUAGAAUAGUAUUAUUAGCCUUUUAAUGUAUUCUUUAAUUUUAUGUUAAAUUAUUUGUCAGAGUCAAUAAAGUACUUCUACAGACCGCAA